AUGCAUUAUUUAAUAGAACAAUCUAUUACUAAUUCACGCAUGUUGAUAAAGAUCUUACAUAUUAGACAAAGUAAUAAAUCACAACUUGAGCAUCCUUUUAAAAGCUAUACAAAACUUGAAUAUCUUAUAAAUGAACAACAAUUACAGCUUGAAAAUAUCCUUAAAAAGUUGGAUGAUACUGAAGAAAUAUAUAAUUCUGUUGAGAUUAAAAUAAUUAGACAACUUUCAUCUGAAUUAUUUCAUGAGCAUAAGCAAAUAAGCAAUGAAAAGGUGAAAAAGCAGCUCAAAGAUAAGUUGAAAAAUGACAAAGAUUGUGCUAAGCAAUUACAAUGUUUGAAAGAAAAGUGA